GUUGCGUCCCGAAAAUAGCAUCAUCUUCUUCCCGUAUCGCGUCUCCAAGCGCCUACUCUCCAGGUCUUCAUCUCAAUGGUCGAUGCGGGAGCGGCCGAGGUACUUCUAUUUUGGAUAGCUUCAAUGCGCUAAACAUACUUCAAAGGUAGGGUGUCUCGCGUUCCUCUAAUGUAUUCUUGGUAGCAGCGUCAACGAACUUUUGCUCGUGCUCUUUAUAUCUCUUCAACGACGACUUCGAGACCUAUUGUCACGAUACUCAACCUCUCUAUCGCGCAUGCGUGAGUUGAGUGCGAACCUUCGAAAUCCUAUCAUCCCUUUUCCCAUAAAAUUUCCCGAACUGCACAGCUCGACGUCAUAGAUCAACGAGAUCAUCACCAAUAUUGAGAAAAUACCUUCAUUAUGCCGAUUUCAAAACAAUACAUAUCGUCGCCGCUUGAAGCGGGACCUUCUCUUCUCGACAUCAAACAGCUUCCUCCACAGCUAUUGUCUGCUCUCGAAUAUGUUUCGAAAAGACUGGCAAGGAAGCGUUUACAUAUUUCCCUGAUUGUUGUCCGCAAAGACAUCAACAUCCCAGGAAUACCAUUAUCAGAACCACCGAAAGCACCUGAGCCACCGACUCCAUCUGUUACCAUAUCUCCAGCCAAGGCAUUCUUCAGCAAUGCUUCAUCCACACUUGCCAGGACAAACAGUAAUUACGGGCUCAGUUUGCUACAUAUGAGCACUUUGACAGAAAAGGCCGAAAAGAUACUCCGCGCCACAAUCGCUAAAGCAGAAAAUAAAUUCCCCAUUGGAUCAGGUUGGCUCUCCUCCCACCCUCUCACAAACACCAUCACCUGCCCCGCAACCAACGACCUUAUCCGACGCUCCCUCACCCAAAAUGAGGUCCUCUUCUCCUCGGAAGGCCUCACCCUCCUCUCCCUUGACCACGUCUACACCUUCAAAUGCCAACUGCACAGCUACUCGCGCACGCUCUCACCCGUGGACCUGACCUCCGCCGUCGACGAGCUGCGCCGGCUGGUCCUCGCUCAGAACGGCCGACGAAUCACAAAGGGGUACUUGAUGCGCGCAUACGAAUGGCUAGGCGUCAGUCUCGCGGCCCUCGUGGACGUGAAUGAAGGGUACAAGACCGCAUAUGGCGGACAAGCCCGCACCGGCGGCAUCGAAGUCGCGAACGAGGAGCGCAAGUCGCCGCCUCCUCUCAAGACGAGCUUCGCUAUGAAAGACAUCAGAAGGAUGAAAAUUUCCGUCGGAUUCGGAGACCAGAGUCCCACCGCAGAGACAGAUAGUUCUAGCAGCAGCGAGAACUCGAGCGACUGUGACGAGGAAGGCUCUGCGCUCGUGGAAGUUGGCGAGAGCGCCAAGGGGAAGGACGCAGGUGUCGAUGGGAUGCGACCAGAUCGCGGACCACACCGAAGAGGUCCUACUACGCCCAAUGGCUUUGAAGAUAUCACUCCCGUUACCAAGGGAGAAUGGUGUUUCCUGAUGGUAGGAGAUGGGUGGAAGGAGGCGAAGACAGCAGCGGUGGUGACUUGUUGAUGCAUUUUGCAAGCGAAGCGAGCAUUGUAAAGGGGCAUCCUCAUCUUUAUUUUUAGGUAUAGGGUUGGUUUAGCGCUGCAUCGGACUCUAGCGGUUUUUCCUUGCCAGAGCUGAAAACAAGAGCUGCGAUCAGAUUUUUCUGGCUUUCAUUUUGGGUCUGGGUCUGGGUCUCGGUUUAUAAAUAUAUACGCAUUUGGGAACCGGCGUCAAACAAAGGUUCAAGAAAUCAAAGC